UCAAGAAAUCUUUCAACUAUUCUGAGAGGCGGGCAAAGUGCUGGCUUCCUUUGUCAGGGAUCAAGAAUGUAGUCAGAUUCUUUGCACCUCCCCAGCCAACUUCAGGGAAAACAAAUUGAAAAGCAAAGGACCAGGACGUCAUGCUGAGUCACAUGUCCUUCUUGUUUGCCUGCAUAACCUUGGCAAGUCAUGUCAUAGGACACGCGAAUGGUCAAGGGCCAAACCGGUUGAAACUAACCGUCUUCUCGGAAGAUAGGCUACAGAUGAAAUGGAAAGAAACAGAAGGGAACACCAACGGGUAUAAGGUUCAAGUGAAGCCCAUGGCAGGUGACCCGGAACAGGAAGUCAUGCUGAAAACAAAAACGUCUAAGGCAACAGUGGCGGGGCUGAGCCCCACGAAGGAAUACACCCUGCAAAUCUAUGUGCUCAAUGGCUCCCAAGAAGCCCUGUUUGCAAAAAGGAAAUUUGUGAUUCAGGAGCUGAAAAACGUCUCGCAGGCUAGAAAUACCCAAAAGAACAGAGAGACCUCCCCAGGAAAGAGCAUCACCCCUUUGAGAAAUACAGCAACUGAGCACAUUCCAGCAGCUAAGACAAUGUCACCGCCUCCGAGUGAAGCCUCAACAAAGACUGCAAAAGACAGACCUGAAAAGAGAAGACAGAAGGCCGCAGUAUCCAAGGACUCAAGUGAAGCCCUCGGAAGGAAAUCAAACACCAGGUUCAGUGUGACAGAAACACCGACAAUGCUGAAAACAACUCUGCGCAGCCCCACAAAAUCUGAGCAAGGAGAUCUAGGCCAAGAAAAACACACAAAGAAAACUUUAAAGAGAGGUCCUCAGUUUCAAUGUGACACAUUGGCCACAACUGAUAUCGUCCUGCUGGUAGAUGGGUCUUGGAGUAUUGGACGCGGCAACUUCAAGCUUGUCAGGGAGUUCCUGAGCACCUUGGUUUCACCAUUCAAUAUUGCCCAGGAUAAGAUAAGGAUAGGUUUGUCCCAGUACAGCAGUGAUCCACGGACAGAGUGGAACCUGAACACCUACGUCACAAGGGACGAGGUGUUAAAGGCGGUGAGGAACCUGCGAUAUAAAGGCGGUAACACUUUCACAGGCCUCGCUUUGACCCAUGUCCUAGAACAAAAUCUGAAACCUGAAGCUGGUGCCAGGGCAGAUGCAGUCAAGCUGGUGAUCCUCUUGACUGAUGGAAAAUCACAGGAUGAUGCCAGCCGGUCUGCCCAGACCUUGAAAAAUAUGGGCAUAGACAUAUUCGCCAUUGGGGUGAAAAAUGCAGACGAGGCAGAGCUGAGACAGGUGGCGUCAGAGCCCCUGGAGCUCACUGUGUAUAAUGUGCUGGAUUUCCCCCUGCUCAGCUCGCUGAUCAGCAGGCUCACCCGGGUCUUGUGCACCAGGAUCAAAGAGAAGCACAAGAGUAAAAACACAGCUUUGUCACCACCCCUUUCCCUGAGAGUGUCUGAAGUGAGCCAUAACCAUCUAAGACUGAGCUGGCAGCCGGCAAGUGGAGCUACUCAAUACCUGGUGCUCUGUUCAUCAGCCCCCAGUGGAGCGGAGGAUGAUACCAAAGAGGUGAAAGUGGAACAGCCUGAGGUUCUGUUGGACGGGCUGUCUCCCAGCACUGAGUACUCCGUAGCGGUGUACGCCAUAUACGGGGAAGAGGCGAGUGAUCCAGCCAGCCUCCAGGAAACCACCCUGGCAUUGAGCGCUCCUAGACACCUGAGUUUCUCUGAGGUCAGCCAUGGGUCUGUCAAGGUCAGCUGGGCUGUGGCUUCGCGUGCUGUGAGAGCUCACCGUGUGACCUACAUCUCAAGCAGAGGGAGCAAUGCUGGGGAGGUCGAAGUUCCCAGCAGUGCAUCAUCCACUGUGCUGAGACCUCUGUCUUCUCUGACCCAGUACUUCAUUAAUGUCAGCUCCAUUUAUAACGAAGGCGAAUCCUUUCCGCUUACAGGCAACGUUACCACAUUAAAGGUUCCACCACCAAGUGGCCUGAAGGUGACUGAGCUCUCAGGAAACAAUGUCCAGUUGCAAUGGGAAGCAGCCGCUGCCUCUGAUGUCCUGGUUUAUCAGAUUAAAUGGAAUGCACGUGGAGAAGAGAGCUCCCAGGAGCUGUCUGUUGCUGGGAACCUGGCUGUUGCCAGCUUACCAGGAUUGAAAAAGGACACAGAAUACCAGAUAUCCAUCUGGGCAUAUUACAAAGAUGGAGCUCGAAGCGACACUAUCUCUAUUCUGCACAGAACCACUUCCCAGAGCCCGCCCACCAACCUCGUUAUAGACUCGGAGACCCCCAAUAGCCUUCAGGUCCACUGGAGACCCCCUGGCAGCCAGAUACAAUACUACAGAGUGACCUAUGCUCCUGAAUCUGAUGACAGCGCUCAGCAAACAAUAAUAGUUUCUGGUAAAAGCAGCGGAGUGACCCUGCAGUCACUGCUUCCCAAUACAGAAUACAAGGUGAUGGUUUCUGCUGUCCAUGACACAGGAGAGAGUGACGCUGUAGCCACUACUGGCCAGACUGGUAGACAAAUCACUUCUGCCUUGGCUAAAUUGCCCUCAGCACAAGGCUCCGUUCCCUUCAAAACAGAGGCUUGCCCCACUAUCAGUUCCACUGAAGGCUCUCUGCAAGGAUUUGACAUGAUGGAGGCUUUUGGACUGGUGGAAAAAGAAUAUGCCUCCAUUAAAGGCGUGGCCAUGGAACCAUAUGUGUUCAGCGGGACCCGUACUUACACUCUCUUCAGAGAUAUUCAGCUAACCCAGAGAACAAGUAAAGUGCUUCUCUCUGGGAUUCCGUCUGUGCACACCAUCAGCAUCCUCCUCCGGCUCCUUCCGGAGGCUCCCAAAGAGCCCUUUGCCGUGUGGCAACUAACAGAUGAGGACUUCCAGCCACUCCUCGGGGUUAUACUUGACUCCAGUAAGAAAUCCUUGACCUAUUUCAAUCAUGACUACAAGGCUGAUUUACAGGAAGUCACCUUUGACCAACAGGAAGUGAAGAAGAUAUUCUAUGGGAGCUUUCAUAAGGUGCACAUAGCUGUGAGCCAUUUCAGGAUCAAACUCUAUUUGGACUGUAAGAAAAUAGCAGAGAAACCAAUCAAUGCUAUGGGAAGCGUCUCCACAGCUGGCUUCAUCAUGCUAGGAAAACUGACAGGAACCAGAGGACCCAGGAGUGGGUCAGCAGUGUUCCAGCUGCAGUCUUUACAGAUUGUUUGCAGUGACUCCUGGGCAGAGGAAGAUAGAUGUUGUGAUCUCCCAGCACUGAGAAAUGAAGAGACCUGCCCUACCUUGACUCCUUCCUGCACCUGCACUUCAGGUAUCCCAGGCCUGCCAGGUCCUCCAGGGCCCCCUGGCAGUCCUGGGAGAAGAGGACCGCAAGGGGAACAAGGGGAACCAGGGCCGAAGGGUGAGCCAGGUCCUCCAGGACAAGCCGGACCAGAGGGUCCUGGUGGACAACAAGGGUCACCAGGCUCCCAAGGAAUCACCGUGCAGGGUCCAGUGGGGCCACCAGGAAUUAAAGGGGAGAAAGGAGACACUGGAAUCCCAGGCAUGCAGGGUAUUCCUGGUGUCCAGGGAGCUCCAGGCAGAGAUGGCAUUCAGGGUGCAAAGGGGGUGAGAGGACUGGAAGGCACAGCAGGGCCUCCGGGGCCACCAGGACCCAGGGGUUUCCAAGGAAUAACAGGUUUCCGAGGCAGUAGCGGAGAGCGAGGACCUCCAGGUGAUGUUGGACCCACUGGUCUGCCUGGUCCAAAGGGGGAAAGGGGAGAGAAAGGUGAACCACAAUCCCUGGCCACAAUUUACCAGCUGGUUAGCCAGGCUUGUGAGCAGAUGAUUCAGACUCAUGUGUUGAAAUUCGACUCAUUCAUCCACGAACAUACGAGGAAGCCAGUUCCUGUGUGGGAUGACACACUGAAGCCAGGAGGACCUGGACCACCAGGUCUUCCAGGUAUUGCUGGUACUAAAGGAGAAAGAGGAGAAGACGGUAUCCCAGGACAGCCAGGCAAAGAUGGGUAUCCUGGGGAAAGAGGAGGACCAGGAGUCAAAGGUGAGAAAGGGAUGGCUGGAGCCAGGGAGGAAGGAGGCCAGGGACCAAGAGGACGCGCAGGCCUUCCAGGAGAACAAGUCAUAGGGGACCCAGGUCUGAAGGGUUCCCCUGGGAGCACUGGUCCUCCAGGUUUUCCUGGUGCCAGAGGCCAUCCUGGAGCACCUGGCUACCCAGGUGGUUGUGAUAUCUCUGGAUGCUACAGUGCAAGCACAAGAGAUUUCAUCCCAUGAUGACUGAGGCAUGGGCUACCUUGGACAGGUCUCGGUCCUUUGGAAACUUCUGCAUUAAGGUUCUAUCCAGCCAAAGCGUAACUGCAACUUGAACACCAAAUACAAAGUUCCCCCCUGGUUGCACUGGAUUUUUGUACGGAAGCACAGAACUCUAAACUAAGCAUAAAACACUACCCACAAAACAGAUUGUAUGCAGCUCGUACCUAGUCAUCCCCUCUCACCUGUAUUUCUAUGUUAUCUGAACCAUUUUGCAUUGGACAGUUGGUGUGUCUGAACUGAUGUCAGGUGUCCCACAACAGGGUAAAGAAAUACAGUCUGAGGUUCAAGCUAUUAAGCCAAAAGUAGCACUAAUGGUAUAUGAAAUGUUCAGAAAGAGUCUGAAGCAAUGGCUCAUGUUUGUCCACUUAUUUUAUUUUUUCAGCCAUUAUUGUGGGUCACCAGUAGCUGAGCAAAACAGUACAAAGUACUGACAGAUGCAAAUCCGUACAAUGGGAGACACUGCCAUGUUAGCUGUGAGGUGCCAAUGGAAUAAAGUCUAAGACUAUUGUUACUGCUUCUGCCUUUGGCACAAUAUUGAAGUCUUGCUCUGUUUCAUUAUAUACAUGACUAUCAUUGGACUAUGGAAUAACCUUUGCAGAGGAACAGUGGAAGCCCAGGUGCCUAGUCUAGUUUUAUACAUAUCAAGCAAAGUACGAGAAAAUAGAGCAUUUGUGCAUUAAUAAGAGAUGGCCUAGAUAACCCCUUGGUCUUCUUGGCGCAUAGUAACAGUUUUCCAUUGUAUUCCAUCAAAUACUGCAUAGCCAUAGGCCUCACUUAUCAACAGGCUACUAGAGGUAUUUGUUAUUGUCUGACAUUCUAGUUGUACAGGCCAUAAUUGUUUACAUUCAUACCAAAUUUAUAUAGAUACUAGUAAUGCAACGCCUUAAUGGUAAUUUUGUUAUUUUAUAUUGUACCAGCUUGUAUUGGUCCUAGACCCGAGAUACAUUGUAACUGCUUUCAAAUAAUUGCUCCGGAACCUGGAUUAUCAAUGCAAAGACAAUCAAGUUCUGUGAAUAAAAUGUC